AUGACUAGUGUGCGGACCACCUCAUCACCGACACAGAAUGUUCCCAAGAUCCCGCUCAGGAGGGUGUGGUGGGUGGCCUGGGACCCCAGAGGCCCCAUUCCUAUCCUGGAGCUUGGAGAGGGCAUCCACCAUGGACGCUCCCUCAGCACGCAGAACGAUGCCAGCGAGUCCGUGGACCUGUACAUGCUGCGGAAAUGCUCCGCCGGCAACCGCGUCAUCGGCGCCAAGGACCAUGCGUCCAUCCAGAUGAACGUGGCUGAGGUUGACAAGGUGACAGGCAGGUUCAAUGGCCAGUUUAAAACCUACGCUAUCUGCAGGGCCAUUCGCAGGAUGGGUGAGUGAGAUGACUCCAUUCUCUGACUGGCCAAGGCAGACGGCAUCGUCUCAAAGAACUUCUGCCUAGAGAGGAACCUGGAUGUGGAAUGUUUGUCAUAA